AUGGCUGAGGGUUCUUCGUCUUCUGAAAAAGCGCUAGAGAAACUGAAUGAAGAGUUGACUUGUCCAAUAUGUCUGGACCAGUACACAGACCCCAAACUCCUCCACUGCUUCCAUGUCUUCUGUGAGAAGUGCCUGAAGCCAGUGGCACGCCAGACCCCACAGGGACAGGUGGUGGAGUGCCCCAACUGUCGCCACCUCACCUCCCUGCCCCAGGAAGGAGUCUCUGGCCUGCAGGGAGCCUUCCUCAUCCACCACCUCUUUGACAUCCAAGACAUCCUCAAGAAAGUCAGCACCCCCGCUGGUAUCAAGUGCACCAAAUGCGAAAAACGAGACCCAGCUUGUUAUUGUCGGUCCUGUGGGUUCCUCUGCGCUAAAUGCAAAGAUAUUCAUUCUGAAUGGAAAGAGUUUUCCUCUCACGAGCUAGUCAGCCUGGACCAGCUAACAGCAGACGCAACUAAUCUUGUGCCUCCAGUCCAGAAGACUCUGAACUGCUCCAAACACCCAACCAAAGAGCUAGACCUCUACUGCGAGACUUGUAAAGAAGUCAUCUGCCAGUACUGUGUCUUGAAAAUCCAUCGCGACCACCAGUACGAUCUGGCAACCGACGCAUUCCCACAACAGAAGAAGGUGCUGGUUUCCUCAGUUGAGCCAGUAGAGCAGCAGCUAGCCUCGGUCAACAAGGCUCUGGAGGACCUCAAGUCUCUGUCUGUGGAAAUUACCAGCCAACGCCAGGCCUUGGAGACCAAGAUUAGGGCAGAGAUUCGCCUCGGCCACCAAGCUCUCGAGGCAAGAGAAGAAGUCCUCGUCUCACAGCUGGACCAGAUGACUCGGGAGAAGCUGAAGAAUGUAGCUGCCCAGCAAGACCAGUUGGAACUGGUUGCCACUCGGUUGAAGAGCUGCUGUGGGUUCUUGCAGGAGAGCCUGAGAACUGGCAGUCAGGUAGAAAUCCUAGCCAUGGCCAAACCUUUUCUGCAGCAGGUUCAAGACGUGACAUCUUCCAUCAAGCCAGAGUCCUUGGAACCAGAGGAACAAGCUAACUUGGAAUUCAACUGUAGUCAGAAUGAACUGCUUCAGAUGUGCCAGCAAUACGGACAAGUCUUUGCCAUUCCCGUAGUCAAGUGUAGUGCUGAAGGCGAUGGACUCAAGUUGGCAGUAGUAGGAGAGAGAACCACAGCUACAGUGGAGGCGGUGAAGUGGAAGGGGAGGAAGUACAGUCGUCCAGUGGAGGUGAGCUGUGAACUGGUGUCCAGUGAUGGGUCCAGGCGAGUGAGAGGAGAGGCAAAGAAAGUGAGAGACGGGGAGUUCGAGAUCGGCUACCUCCCCCAGCACAGAGGACCACACUACCUCCACAUCAGAGUAGGAGACAAACACAUCUCAGGAAGUCCAUUCCCUCUCUCUGUCAUCACCACCACACCCACCAAUAUCAUCACUGGCGUCAAAUAUCCUUGGGGUUUAGCUCUCGACAAUAAGGGACAGUUAGUGGUAGUUGAACAUGUCAGACACUGUGUAACAAUAUUCAGUGGCUCUGGAGAAAAGGUCAGAUCAUUUGGCAGCGAAGGCUCUGGUCCAGGUCAGCUGAGUGGCCCAUAUGGUGUAGCUCUUUCUGCAACUGGAGAUAUUCUGGUGGCCGACCAAUGCAAUCAUCGAAUUCAGGUCUUCCAUCCUAAUGGAAAAGUACAAGUGUUCACAGCAGAUGGAGAGUACAUUCGACAGUUUGAGAAGGGAGGAAGCGGAAAGAACGGAAUAGCCCUGGACUCAAAC